UACAUUCACUAUGUAUCACCCACAAAGGAGAGUAACUUCUUUGACCUCCAACUUCAGUCCAAGGACAAAUACACGCGUGGAGUUUGUUUUGGCCCUGGGAAAAGAGGACUCUUCCAGUCAGUAGGAGGUUAACCCUGUCAGAUUGAAAAGAUUCAAGAUAGACCAGAGAAGUACUACUGAUGAUUUGCUGAUGUAACAUUGAAAUCCAACAACUUGAACAAGCACCAUUUCCUAAAGUAGAGAUCCCAAGCACCUUCAACCUAAGAAUGCUGAAAACCAUUGCUGGUGGCCAACUAAUAACAGUUAAAGCAAAGAUUACUACUCUGCGAACACCUGCCUUACUGCAGACAGAUGGAGGUCCCUUGAACAUGCCAGAAGGACGGAUCGUUGGUGCAAAAGGUUACUGUAAGAUAAUAUUCUGGGAAGACUUUUGUAAACAAGUAGAGGAAGGAAAGACAUACAUUUUUGCAAAUGUACGAGUCAAGAAAGAUAACUUUACUAAGCAGCUAUACAUAAAUACUGCCAAAACUGUUACUGUCAUAAGGCCAACAGAGCAACAUACUGAAGUU